CCGCACGCUAAUGAAUGCGAGCACGCAUGAUCUCGAGCACGUGUAUUAGUAAGUGAGGUAGGAGGUAUGCGGGCUCAAAAGGUACCCGCUGCCUUGCUACUGUUGCUAUUUGCAAUAGACUCCUUACAUGCCAACAGGAGAAAACAAAAGGAGAAAAUCGUCCAAACGACCACAAACAUCUGCGAUAUAAGCGACCGAGACUCCAAAGUACAUUGCUACUGCGAAAACAGCCAGGAUAUAAACGAGGCAAUUAAAACAGAAUGCUGGGUAUUCAACGGCGGUAUAGACAAGACAGAUCCUUUAUGGCCAAGCUUUACUUCACAGUCAAAUAUAGAAACGUUAGCAUUUAACGUUAGAGCGGAUGGAGGGUUGAGUUUUGUGCCAACAAAGGUACUUAGAUAUUUGCGAAAACUUAAACAUUUCAGCAUUAAAUACAGUUCCAUUUUAAAAAUUGAAAGUUAUGCUUUCGUCAAUCUAACUUCAGUACAAGAAAUGAUAUUAACUAAAAAUCAGAUUGUUGUCCUAAGUAAGCACGCUUUUUAUAAUUUACCCAACCUGACUGUUCUCACGCUAGACGAGAAUCGGGUGAAGAAACUUGAAACUGAUACAUUUUAUGAAUUACCGGCAUUGCAAAAACUAUUUCUGACUAGUAACAACAUAAGUGUCAUAGAAGAUGGAGCGUUCCGACAUCUUGUAAAUUUAUUGGAGCUUGAGCUUGAUAGGAAUAACAUAAGUGAUUUAAAAAAGGAAUGUUUCGAUGGACUUGCUAAUUUAAAACGCUUAGAUUUAAGAAGGAACAAAAUAGCCGUACUUAAUUCAUUUACGUUCAUUGAACUCUGGAAUCUGCAAGAGCUAUUGUUAGAUUAUAAUGAGAUUUAUAUAUUAGCUCAAAGAACUUUCGACGGAUUAUCACAGUUGAAAAAAUUGAGCUUAAGUCACAACAAAUUGGUCACAUUAACAGAUGGACUUUUUGAAGGAGUCAGGGGAUUAUCUGCCUUAGACUUAAGGCAUAAUAAAUUAAAAAGAUUCACGAUAGACAAUUUACGGCCAAUCUACGACAACUUGAAGAUGCAAAAGAGUUUCAUUUAUUUAGAAGGGAACGAUUUUGACUGCGAUUGCCAUCUGGCGUGGAUGCACAAACUCCGACAUGAAGCUAAAAGUAUCAAAGUGCGGAUGUCUCUAGAAAAUUUCAUUUGCAAAUUUAACGCUGAUCCAGCUUUAAGUUCACAUCUAACUUAUUACGAAAGAAUUGGUGUUAAUAAUAAUUUAGAAGACACUGAAAAGAUUAGAAACGAUUUGGAUUCCCCAGAAGAAGUUGGUGAUGAGGUUGAUGACAUUUAUAUCGAUGAACCAAAAAAAAUAAGAGCUGACAACGAGAGGACACUGUUACAGAUACCCGUUGAAUUGUUGCCCUGUCCUGCUGAAGUCAAAAGCGUUACAGACAGAACAUACACGUAUCCAUCUCAAAACGAAGCCAAAGAUUAUAGGAAUCUGAUACAAUCCUCAUCAAUUCCGUCUGUUGAUAAAAAAAUUACAAUUCUUUUACUAUCAUUAUUUCUUUUAUUGGAUUAAAUACUUAUUUUAAUUUAUUUAAUUAUAUUGUGUAUAUGUCUAUAC